CUUCAAGUGGUGGCUUCUGAGAGUCUCUCAGCCCAGCAAGAAGGGCAAGAAUUGGCUCCAGCAGACGGGCAUCAGGAAUCUGCUGCGUUUGGGCAACAGGGACAGCUAAGUUGUAAUGAAGGCGACAGCUGAAUGCUUCUUAAUCUGGCAGGAAGUGCUUUUGCUUUUGAUGAAGCAGAAGCUGUCGCAGUCCUGAUGUUGGUGUCCGGAAUGCAGGGUCAGUGUUGGCGGCCUUCUGCGUUGCUUUAUUGUGCCCCUAAUAGCUUAGAUCUGUGGUGCGAGGGUUGUCUUGGCGCAGUUUGAGUGUAUGCAGAAUCAUCAAGGCGUUGGCGUAGGAAACAUGGCAAGUAGCAACCCGCUUUCUGUGACACCUCCCCGCCGCUACCAGCGCACGGGGGACCUGCUCGUUGAAGAUGUGCAGAAGGACGAUGAAUGGCUCUACUCUCCGUCAACAGAGCCGUCCCCUGUGCUUUCAAACUGGGACGACGACGGUGCUCCACCAAAUCUGCGAACCAGCUUUGACCGCAAUCUGGGGGGCCAGAGUCAGAUGGAGAGAAGCAACUCGCUGCGGGGCAAGUUAGGGCUCGAGCCCCGGUCCUCCUCUCGCAGUUCCAGUCAGUCAGUGACUCCUCACGAGCUUUCCCCACUCGGGUCGAGGAGGCCCAGUCAAGAGGAUUAUGUUGCUGGGAUGUCGCAGAGGAUCAGUGAGGCGAGGUUCCAGGACCGCGCUCUGGACGAGCCAAGCCCGAAGCAAUCACUCUUUGAACUGCGCACCAUGUUUCGAGACGACAACAGAGCAAAGCAAGAGGUGCAGGAGGGCACUCGCAGGAUGUCGGCACCGAGCCCCAUUGCUUUGCGGAGAGCCUCCAGCAACAUCCCCACUCCGCCUGGCCAUGCUCCGCCCUCUUCAGUUCCAGAACGGGGUGUUAGCCGCGAGUCCCCUUCCCCUUCCAUCAUCGAGCGCAGCCUCUCGUCCGGCAGCAGGAUCCCCUUCGCCCCCGGCUCGCGCAGGUCCUCCUCCGUUACUCCUUCAAGCCCCGCCCAAGCUCGGCCCCCCUCCCCAACCCCCCCCAACCCGUCCCCUCGGAGGGCCAGCGACGGGGGUAGCCAUCUCGCGGCUUACCGCCCCGCCACCCCAGAGUCCCAACGGCCAGGCUACGCGGCCAUGCAGGCUCGUGUCAAGGCUGGUCUUGUCCACCUCAGCCCGUCCCCUGCCCGGGAGAAGCCUCCGGGGGGGCUGGCUAGGACUCCCCCAUCGUCUGGGGGAUCCCCCCGGGUGAGCGACCGCUCGAACCUCCGCCGGGCGUCGUCCAGCCCGUCCCGGAACAACACCGCUCGGGCCGGCGUCCCGGGACAAACCAGCGCCGGGCUUUCCAGCCCGGCCACGCCCGCGAGCACCUCCCGGGUGUCGUCUGCCGGGUCGUUCUCAGGCCGCACGGGGCCGGCGAGCAGCUCGGGGAAUAUGUACAUGACCCCGGCCAGUGGCACGCCGGGAAGGUUGUACAUGUCGCCGAGCCGGACUGGGAACAAAUCAGUGAACCAGCCAGCAAAGCCCGCGUAUGGAUCAAGCUCCACGCGCUCGUUGAGCAUGGGAAGCUCCAGCAAAGCAGGCUUCAACAGCAGCGUGCCACGCACCUUCACUUUCCUGGAGGACCCCACCCCGAAGCGGCGGGGGAGUGCCCUGGAGCGCGAAGAGAUGGCGAGCCUGACCCAAGACACGUCUCCGGCCGCUUCCGGGGGGUACCUUUUCCCCGACGAGGAGUCCCCCCGGCGCCCCGUGGCAGACACCAACGACCAGAGCUGGGCACAUGUGCGCACGGCUGUUGCGCAGGCGAAGCGCUCGCGGUCGAUGGGCGCUGGAUCGCCCAGGGAUGGGAACGGGUCCGCCAAGACGGUCGGCCGGGGCGACCCAAUGAGAACCAGCAGCGUGCGCUCGAGCGCCGAGCGCAGCAACCUGCGCCUCAGCGGGGGCCUGGUUCCCCCUGGCCAGACCUCCAGCUUCAACGGCGGCGAGCCGCAGAUGCCCGCUGCAAGCCUCCUCGCCGGCAAGCGGACCGGCAGUUCCGGUAACCUCGCCGCGGCCGAACACAGCCCCUCGUUUGCGGCCCCAUCCAACGUCAACCGUGCGUCUUACUACCCCCCGGGGAUUGCCCCUCCGGGGACAAUGUUCCAGCCUGAGAUGCCGUCGUUCCAGCCUGAGAUGCCGUCGGAUGUCCGGAAACAGGAGAAGGCGCCCGGGGUGAUGAGUUCGGACGACGAGAGCUGGGGCCCGGGGGAGGGCUCCAAGGAUGGCUCCGUGUCCGGAGAGUCCGGCCCGUGGACGGGGUCCCUGGCGAGCGAGGACGACGAAUUGGUCGGGGGCAAGCCGGACAAGGGCGGGGCGAAGGCCGGGAGCAAGAAGCGGCGGCGGUUCCGCAAGUCGCGGACGCGGUUCCGGGGCACGGAGAGCGGCGUCGAGGGGGACGAGAGCGAGAUCGACGUCGACACGGCGUCGCUCGCGACCGCGGGGAGCCCCCUGCCGGGCAAUCUGAUGACGGUCCCCCCGGACAACCAGUCGCUUCCCGAUACGGCGAGCGAUACCAUGAGCGUGGACGCGGCGGAAGGGGGGGCCGCGGAGGGCCGGGGGUCGGACCGGUUGCUCACCCGGGGGGGGAGGCGGGACGGGGUCGAGGUGCUGGAGCCACUGCCUGACGUCAGCAUCGAUGCAGAGGAGGGCGUGAUGGCGGUGCGGUCGGAGCAUGACGUGGCGCCGGCGGUUUUGGUUGGAAUGGAGAGUCAGCGGGAGGCGGAUGCAGGGCGGCCGAACCUAGGGGCGGCUAUACCUACGCUGGGAGGGGCCGUUCUGCCGACCGUUACUCGGGACGAACAGAGCCAGACUGAGGACGUUCUGACGGAGAAGGAGCCGGCUUCGUCGAGAGGAGAGUGGCGAAGCGAGGACUACUCGUUUGAGAGAGCCGAAGGAAAGCCGAAGAAGGCAGAGGAGGUGGUGUUUCCGGCGGCUGCCAAUCUGGUUGGCUCAGGUUUGGAGCUGAAAGAGAGGCCCGUUGUGGCGACUGAGCGGUCCGGUUCCGCUGCUCCUGUCGUUGCAGAGAGUCCGCCUCCUAUGGAAACGGAUCAGGUCAGCGUUCCAGCCUCUCAGCCGCGCCUCAGCUUCGAGGAAACUCCCAUCGUGGCAAAAGGGUCCUUUGCCGCGGCCCUGGAAGGCCCCAUUAGCGGCCAGGCGUCGCCCGGCCCUGUAGUAGCUGCCAGAAAUGAGUUGAACGAGUUGCCCGUGACAGGGCCCGUCGCUUCCAGCCCAGCAGCAGUCAGCGAGCGUAGCAACGGAUCAGGCCCCGCUCUGGGAAAGACUGCAAGCCAGCUUGUAGUGGAAGAGACAGCCGUCGAGAAGGUGGGGAUGACGAGGGAGGGCCAACUGCCAGAUGAGAUUCCGCUAAAGCCGCCAGCAUCAGAUCCAAAGCCUGUAGCGAUGGAAGUCUCCAAAGCAAUGGCCGACGAACAGGCUAGCAAGGACGUUCCCGAAGCCGCGGCCGCCGAAACGAGCCCGGUUCCCAAACCGAAGCCCCCGGUCCUCUCCUUCGACGACAUCCCGGUCAGGGGCGUCCAAGGAAUCUUCGGCGAACGGCCCCCGGUUCACUCCCCCCCGGCCGAGAGCCCCUCUCCCGCCAAACCCGCCGAGAAGCGAGGCCCUGUUUCUGACCCGGCCGCGCCUCGGCCAAGCACCGCCGCGCAGGAGGGCGCCCCAAAACAGGGCCCCAAGGGCGAGGGUGUGAGGAGGAUCAGGAGCGCUGGGGGGUCUGGGCAGGCGGCCCUGGGGUUGCGGGCGGGCAGCAGUGGCGCGAACCUGGAGAAGGCGAUCGCGUCGAUGAACCGGCGGAACACGAUGCGCCGCAGCAGCGACCGGUCCACCGCGACGGGCGCGUCGGAGAACUACGAGUGGGAGAGGAGCUCGCUAGCCGACGAAACGUACAGUGACAUCAGCACGCCGUCGACGAUGCUCUCCCGGAAGACUCUGGAGGAGGCGGCGGAGAGCGCCAUCUUCUGCUCGUCCAUCGUGCACGAUCUCGUGUAUCAGGCGGCCAGCCUGGCCCAAGAGAAGGAGGACCUGGCGAAGCUUGGCAAGGCCUCCGGCGAGUUGGUAAAGCUUGUCUCCAAGCAGCGAGGCCCGGAGAUUGACCGAAUUCCUGCGGCCGGAAUUGGCGCGAAGCGAAGCAACGGAGGCACAGCUUCCGGUCUCGAAGCUGGCAAGGAGAGUGGAAAGCCGCCAAAGGCAAAGAAGCAGCCGGCUUGUGGGUGUACUAUACUUUAAGGUCGUGGAAAACGAUUGCCGCUGCGUCGCAAGCUGCUCUGCAUUAGGUGGGCUGCAAGGAAUGGUCAAGUGAGAGAGAUCACGUCUGAAGAACUGGCAUUGGUGGAAGGUUAGUACCGCUAGGUCUUGAAACUAGGGCGGCUAAGUUAUGCUAUGUUCGCUUCCACACUGACUCAAUGAGACAGAGUAUUGGUCAUAAGAUUGCCAAGUUGCUCAUGCGAAAGGUCAAGUUGGGGGAUGGUAGACGGUCUUGGUAUUGGUUUUAGUUGUCAUUGAUUACAAUUUUGAGUGAAACAAGUCCGACCACUCACGUUAUCUGCUUAAGCGGGCAGCACAAAUGUCUGGUGUCAAAGCCGUCUU